AUGGACAAGUUUCAGGCCUUUGGCAAGAACUUUUCUGCCUCGUUCACUCCCUUUGCUGCUCGCACCCAGCAGUAUGUCAAGGAGCAAUUGGGCCAGGCUGAGGACAAGACCCAGCUUCCCCCCGACUACAUUGAGCUCGAGAAGCGCGUCGAUGCUCUGAAGCAGGUCCACCAGAAGAUGCUGCAGGUCACCUCCCAGUACACCAACGAGGCUUACGAUUAUCCCACCAACAUCCGCGAGUCCUUCAACGAUCUUGGCCGCACUGUGUCUGAGAAGGUCACCUUGCUCUCUUCUGCCACCUCUCCUGCCGAGGCCCAGGCUGCCCUGACCGCCCCGCCCUCGGCCAAGCCGCAGCCCAAGACCUUCAGCCACGCAAUCGCUCGCGCCUCGCUCAACAGCUCCACCCUCCUGAGCCAGGACCACGGCAACUCAUCCGACGAUCCGCUCGCUACCGCUCUCGAGAAGUAUGCCGUUUCUAUGGAGAAGGUCGGCGAGGCCCGUCUCGCCCAGGACGCCCAGAUCCAGAGCCGCUUCCUCGCCGGCUGGAGCACGACCCUCAACACGAACAUUAUGUUUGCUACCCGUGCCCGCAAGGCUGUUGAGAAUGCCCGUCUGAGCCUGGAUGCCACCAAGGCCAAGGCCAAGGGCGGUGCAUUCCCUCUGCCCGGCGUAAAGAAGGACGGUGAUGAGGAGCACAUUUCGGAGGAGGCCCGCGCCCAGAUCGAGCAGGCCGAGGAUGAGUUUGUUGGUCAGACCGAGGAGGCCGUGGGCGUUAUGAAAAACGUACUGGAUACGCCCGAGCCUCUCCGUAACCUUGCCGACCUUAUCGCCGCCCAGUUGGAGUACCACAAGAGGGCCUAUGAAAUUUUGAGCGAGCUGGCUCCCGUGGUUGAUCAGUUGCAGGUCGAGCAGGAGGCAAGCUACCGCAAGAGCCGCGAGGGUGCGUGA